AUGCCAUUGAGAAGGCUGAUCAUACCAGAAAGGUUAAAUAAAAUUGGUAUGGAUGUAGCAGUUUCAAAAUGUUACAGUAAAGACAUGAAAUAUAAUUUGAACUUAAGAAAACAGCCAAAAGAUGGAACUCAUUUUUACUCUGCCGAGAGUCUUGGUCAAAUUUUAUCAAGACUUUUUCCAGCUUUGGAAAGAAUUGUAUACAGUACGUGGUCAAUAAAUCAAAUUGACAAUGAAGAUGUUGUGAAAUCUGUCCUGCCUAUAGCCGAGUCGUAUGGAUUCCAACUGGCAAAGUCAUUCCCCGAACGGCAUGUCUUGGUCUUCAAGUUUUUGAAGGCGGGUAAGUAUUAUUUUUCGGUUACUGGUCUAUUUCUGUAUCAAUUUUGA